AUCGAGCCCCCUUAUCGACGGACAAAACAAACCCAAAUUCCUAAUUGAUUGGCACACGCAAAGCCCACCGUAAGCGGAACAAACACUAUUUCUUACUAUUUGAUCGCAUAACUUUCGUUGGCGGGGCGUUCUUCCGUUCUGAACUGGUUUGGAUUUUAAUUGCGGUGAAUAAGUGAAGGUGAUCGGUUCUUUGAAUUUAUUGUGCUUUAUCGAUAGCAACCCUAAGCGAUGUGGUGGAAUUCCUGGUUCACGUGCCUGUGCGCGAGUGUCUAUUUGGUGAUAAUGUAUGUGCGUUGGUUCCGUCGGAAAGCGAAUGCCAAGUAUGCCCGAAUGUCCGGUCCACGGAAGCUGCCGUUGAUAGGGCAUGCUCAUAAGUUCUUCAGAGCAACACCAGGCCAAAUUGCCAACACCCUCAAAUACUUCGGUAGCUUCCCGUCGCCGGUGUGCAUCUACAUGGGGCCCCUGCCACACGUUGCCAUUUUCGACCCGGAACAGCUUCAGGUGAUUCUGCACUCCCAGAACUGCCUAGACAAAUCCAUACAGUACUCAUUUUUGCGGGUUAGCCGUACGCUGAUCAGUGCACCCACAUAUCUGUGGAAAGGUCAACGGAAAGCCUUGAAUCCAUCGUUCGGAGCUGCCAUCCUGAAUAACUUUGUACCCAUAUUCAACGAGAAAUGCGCCAUCCUGACAGGAUUGUUGGAGAAACACGUGGGUCAACCCGAACGCAACUAUACUCGGGACCUCUGCAAGUUUACGCUGGAUCAGAUCUAUGCUACCGCCCUGGGAUGUGACUUCGACAUGCAGCGAUCACCGGAUGGCGAACGUUCCCUGGAUUUGAUAGAAUCGUACAUCAAGGUCAUGGUAGCCAGAAUCUACACGGUGUGGAAAUAUCCCGAGUUUAUCUACCGCAUGACCAGUGGCUACAAACGAGAACAGGAAAUUCUCAAAACCUACCACGAGACUAUAAUUUCGAAACUACUGAAAGCAAUCGAUUUCGAAGAGAAAUUGAAACAAUCCGAAGUCGAUUUUUCAAACGAAUACACCGACACGAAGAAACCCCACAUUUUCAUCGACCUUCUUCUGAAACUCAUUCGCGAUGGAGAUGAAGUUGCGAAAGAAGACAUUUUCCAACAAAUCGAUAUGAUUUUGUUCGCUGGCAACGACACAACGGCCAAAACGACUAGCUUCAUUCUGCUAAUGUUGGCCAUGCACCCCGAAGUGCAGGAGCGCUGCUACCGGGAAAUCUUGGAAGUCUGUCCGGGACAAGAUCAAAGCGUGUCGGCUGAAGAUGUUUCACGAUUGCCGUAUCUGGAUAUGGCUUGCCGAGAGACCAUGAGACUGUUUCCCGUUGGUUCCGUAUUGGCCAGGGUAACGACGGCCGAUAUAAAAUUGAACGAUGAACACACCAUUCCCGCCAACAGCACCGUCAUAAUGGGGAUCUACCAAAUGCACCGGGAUCCGAAAAUAUGGGGUCCCAACGCGGAUGAGUUCGAUCCGAAUAACUUCCUUCCGGAGAAAGUUGCCAAGCGACAUCCCUACUCGUAUCUUCCGUUCAGCGGAGGUCCCCGCAAUUGCGUCGGUAUGCGCUACGCAUGGCUUUCGCUUAAAAUUUUAGUGGUGCACAUGCUGAGAAAAUAUCGGCUGAAAACUUCACUUACGAUGGACCAGAUUAGGAUUAAGUACGGUUUGAUUUUAAACAUUGCAAACGGAUGCAUGCUGACGUUGGAAAGACGGUAGUAUAGUGUCCAAUAAUAGUUGUUGAAUUUUAAAUAAAGUCACCUAGUACCUAGUAAUUUAGGUUAUGUUAAUAGUGUACGCGUGAUGCAGACAGUAAAA